CAUGUUGCCGGCCAAUUUUUUUACCUGGAUUUCAUUACUAUUUUGACUUUUUUGUACAUGGUGUGUACCGGAUCCAGAUCCAAUGUUCAUUUCAAGGGUUACUUGCGCCAAAUUUGAUCCAACCAUCAUCCCUCAGCAUCCAGCACCUGCACGCGCGGUCGCCCAGAGCCUCACCUUGUUGCGUGCGCCCCGUACCUCCACUCUGCACCCACCACGCGGUAGCCGCGAGCCUCACCUCAUCACACUUGCCGGCCGCGGCCGGUGCCAAUCCACAAGGUGGCUCGUUGAUGUUGCGUUGGGGAGGUUUGAGGAGGCCAGGGCGGCCGCCCGUGCGCACCGCGCCAAUGGCAGCGAGAUGAUGCGCUUCGAGUGCUACCCGACCGCCGUCGCCACGGGCGACUGCUUUGGCGCGCCGCUGUUGCCACCUACCAUCGGCCCGCACCUUUCCCUGCAGUGGUGCCGCUCACGCGAGGGCCGCGUCAUCGUUCGGUGCGGGCAGCAGGGCCAUGCUGGUGUGCCGGGCGCAUCUGGCCGGCGCAUGGCCAAGACCAGCCCAGCCGGCACCGCUCCUCGGACUACAACUCCGUGUACAUGGGCAAUGGAGAGCUCGUCGUGCUCGACAGCCGCACUGUGCUCCCCUGCUUCCUCAUCAUCUACAAAGUCUUCCCACCGGCGCGCCAGUUAACCCAUACCUAAAUCACCAUCUUCUCAUCUUUCUGUCUCUUGUUUAGCCACUGCCAUUCUGCCAGUACGUAGGAUGAUUAACAGAGAUUAAAUAUCAAGUCUUGUGAUUUUAUAUUAGACUAGAAAACAUACCCGUGCGUUGCGACGGGAGAAAAAAAUUCCAAUAGAUUUUUUCUCUAAAAGUAGAAAUCCGCCUGAAAUUUCAAAUUUGGCAGUCGUCUUAGACACAAUUUUCACUU